UUCAUGUUUCAUCACAGAAAAGAUUGCAUCAGAAAAUGAAGACGAAAAAAUCAAUCUUAAUGAUCAGAAUUGGCCUCGGUGAAUCUAUUAUCAUUAUCAAAAUCGCCCAUUAGACCAAUGGAGCUAAUUCUAGACUGGAUUAACAUCAGGCGUUGAUGAAAAAGAAUUACAACAGAUCUAGCAAAAAUUUACACUAUAAUUUUUUACGAGGAAUAUCCACUCAGCCAAGAAGAAAAAGCACCGUGGACCCAGCACAAAACAUCCUUCUUUGCUGUCUAAUUGCCAACCAAUUACGCAGAUAAGGUUGUUGUGGUUAUAUCAUAUACUCUAUACUUCCAAUACAAAUGUGCUAGUGUAUUAGAGGAGACAGGGAGGGAGAGUGAGGAUGUCAGAAGCUGGCCAUUUGGUAUCUGCUCAAAGCAUCAAAGAAUUUACUACCAACUAUCCAUCGAAUACAAGAAGAUCACAAAGGUUGACGUUUCAGAGAUCCAAAAUCAUAGCAGCUUCAAAAAGAAAUGACUUCCCGCCGAUAAGCAAGAAAAAUUCCAGGGCUCCCCGCCGUUUGGUUACAAUAUCAACCGCAGAUGGGAGAUGGCAAGGGAAAUGGACUUCUGACUACCUACUGUCUCUUCAAGACCUGAAGUUAGAAGACUUGAUCGAAGAUGAACAAAAAGAUGCUGAGGUUUCUGUUAAUCUCUCCGUUCAAAAGCAUGCCGGUUUUGGUUUCUCAGUGGAUGGAAGGAUCAUCACAUCUUUCACAAGAAAAUGCAGCAACUGCUUUUCCCCAUACUGUAGAAAGAUUGAUACAACCUUCAAUGUUUGGGUUCUUCCAUCAAGAGCCAAUCGUGAAGUUCAUCUGCCUGACAUUGGUGGCGACGACCCAUCAGUUAUAUACGUGAAGCCUGGAUAUGAAGCUGAUCUUGACUCGUUGAUACAAGACACACUAAGGCUUACCACCUCAGUCAAAGAUACUUGCUCAGAAUCGUGCGAGAAAUCCAAACCCAAAUUGAUACAUAUAGGUGGACAGAAAGCAGCUUCUAUUGAUAAGAGGUGGUCUAUACUCUUGGAGCUGAAGAAGGAAAAUUUGUGAGAAAUAUACACCUUUAUGUUGUGAACGAGCAUUGAAUGUGUUGUGCCAUGUACUUAGCUCGGAAUAUAAUGGGAGGAUGGAUCUAUUCAUUGUCUUUGUUCAUUGCUGGUAUUGAGUUACUUGUCUCCUAAUAGAAAAUUGUAGAUUAACUAUGAACCAUUGCUGCUGAAACACCGAUUACUUUUACGGCAAUUUACUUGGUAUAUCAUGAAAGUUCACCAA